AUGGUCCUGGUGCCUCUGCUCGCCACCACCCCGGCGUUCGUCGGGUUCAGGAUCGGGUUGACCUUUGACCCCAGCAGCAACUCGAGCAUGCUGGGACUGGUGGCGGAGACGUCCAGCGGUCUCCUGGAGACAAUCUCCCUGCUGACCAACGUCUUCAUACAGUUCCUGACCUACUUCCUCGUCAUGGGCUUCGCUUCCGGUUUGAUCAAAGUCUUUUUGAAAAACUCAGAGUGGAGAAAAUCAACGUCAACGGCUUCCCAAAAUUCGUCCUUGACCUCUAGAGACACGAGGCUGGUCAAGGUCAUAGCCCUGAUCUCCGCGGUGUUUGUCGUCUGCUCCACGCCUGCUGUUCUGGGGUCGGUGGCCAUGAUGUUGGUCCGUGAGUUCAGCGUCACGGGGCGCUACAAGAAUCUCUUCGUGGCCUCGUUUUCAACUUUCUUCUUGCUGGAGUCCGUCAACGCCACGGUCAACUUUUUUAUCUACCUCAACACAAGUUCAAAGUUCAAGGUCGAGCUGGGCUCAAUGAUCGGCCUCAAGUUGAAAUAG